CUGAACGAGCCAAACCUUUAACCGGAAACUAAACACGGUUCAGGAAGCAAACCGCUGACAUUUGUUGUCAACGGCCCUUCUUGCUGUCAGAUAGUAAAUACUUCACAGCACGUAGGGCGAAGGUGCGCAUGAAUGGCAAUGAUGGCAGUGAGAGCGGCGGCCUCGGCAGCGGGAACUCCGGCCUCCAUGUCCCGCUUCAGGGGAGCGCUGGUGGCGGCUGUGCUGGGAGACUGCGUCGGUGGAGAGUUUGAAGGAGCGGAGGAGGUUCCGAUGGAGUCCGUUCUGCAGCACCUGAGCGGCCUGGAAGAUGAAACUAAAGGAAACGGGGUCCUCGAGUACAGUGAUGACACUGCGAUGACGCGUUGUGUGGUCCAGUCUCUUCUGAACCGGUCUGGAUACGAUGAGCAGGACUUGGCCCGCAGGUUUGCGAAGGAGUACAGUGCCUCCCCCGGCCGAGGUUAUGGUUCUGGAGUGAUCCAGGUGUUGAAGAAACUUGCCUCCCCCCAGCUUGUUGACGUUUACCAGCCAGCAAGGGAUCAGUUUAACGGUCGGGGCUCGUUUGGAAACGGCGGGGCAAUGAGAGCGGCCCCCUUCGCGCUGGCUUUUCCUAAUUUGCUUGAUGUUAAACGGUUUGCCCGUCUUGGUGCCAUGCUGACACACUCCUGCUCUCUGGGUUACAACGGAGCUGUCCUGCAAGCAUUGGCUGUUCAUCUGUCCCUCCAGGGGGCGCUCAGCCUGCCUCAGCAGUUCAUAAGUAGGCUGAUAACAGAGAUGGAAGAAGUGGAGGGUGAGGAGGAGGCUCUUCGUGAUGCCAGAAUUCUAAAAGAAGCAGAAAAACCAUUCUGCGAGCGUCUCCACAGAGUCAGAGACUUGAUGGACAGAAAUAAAGUGAGCAUAGAGGAAGUCAUCUCUGAACUCGGAAACGGUAUUGCAGCGCUACACUCUGUCCCCACUGCCAUCUUCUGCGUCCUCCACUGCCUUCAGCCCCGGGACUACCUUCCAAAGAACUAUGGAGGCCUGGAGAGGACAAUAGCAUACAGUUUGGCCCUGGGAGGUGACACAGACACCAUAGCCUGCAUGGCCGGGGCCAUCGCUGGGGCCCACUACGGCGUGGAGGCCGUUCCUCAGAGGUGGAUGAGGUGCUGUGAGGGCGCGGAGGACGCUGACAUGAAUGCAGCACGGCUUCAUGCGCUUUACCACCAGACGUCACAAGGGGGUAGAAGUGAGACAGAGAGCUGUGAGGACAAAUCUGAGUCAAACGGGACUGAGAAGAAAAAGGACUGAUGUCAUCAAAGACGAUUUCACUGUUUGGAUCCAGCCAGUGUUAAGAACUGCUAAGUUGGUGUAGAGAAGUGCUUGUUUUUGAAACUGUCCACUUGUGGUUUGUCAAGAGACUCAAUAUAAAG